AUGUCAGGCAAUGGAGCUAAUCAGCAAGCUCUGGUUCCGGUGUGUAAAGGUGUAAAGUAUCACCUUUGGAGUCUUAAGAUGAAGACUAUGUUCAGAUCUCAAGAGUGUUGGGAUUUGGUGGAGAAUGGAUUUGUAGAUGCAAAUCUUGCGGAACCUGAUCAGCGAUUGAAGGAUAAUCAUAAGAAGGAUGCAAAGGCGUUGUUUUUGAUUCAGACAGCACUGGAUGAAGACAUCUUAUCUCGGAUCUCAGCGGUGAAUUUAUCUCACGAAGCUUAG